AUGUGGAGUGGAAAUCCAACCGACGUUGAUAUGGUGGAUGUCGCCCCACCGCGGGAGGCGCAGAUUGAGGACAAGGCUCGGAAGUGGAUGCAAAUCAAAUCGAAGCAGUACAGUGAUAAGAGGAGAUUCGGAUUCGUUGAACCCCAGAAGGAAGAUAUGCCGCCGGAACAUGUGCGGAAGAUCAUCAGGGAUCACGGCGACAUGUCGUCCAACAAGUUUCGUUACGACAAGCGCGUGUACCUGGGAGCCCUGAAGUUUGUUCCUCACGCGAUUUACAAGCUCCUUGAGAAUAUGCCAAUGCCUUGGGAACAAGUCCGGAAUGUGAAGGUCCUGUACCAUGUUACCGGUGCUAUAACCUUUGUCAACGAAACUCCACGGGUUGUUGAGCCUGUUUAUUUGGCUCAGUGGGCUACCAUGUGGAUUAUGAUGCGUCGGGAGAAGAGGGAUCGGCGCCACUUUAAGAGGAUGCGAUUUCCGCCUUUUGAUGAUGAGGAGCCUCCCCUGGAUUAUGCUGAUAAUCUUCUGGAUUUGGAUCCUAUUGAACCCAUUCAGUUGGAGUUGGAUGAGGAAAAAGAUUCUGCUGUAUAUUCUUGGUUUUACGAUCAUAAGCUCCGGGACCUGGUGAAAGAUAAGUCUGUUAAUGGCCGGAAGUGGAAUUUGCCUCUUCCAACAAUGGCAACUCUUGACCGGCUCGCUGGACAGCUUCGGACUGAUCUAACUGAUGGUAAUUACUUCUACUUAUUUGAUAAGGAGUCUUUUUUCACUGCUAAAGCACUCAACAUGUGUAUACCUGGUGGACCAAAGUUUGAGCCAUUGUAUCGGGACAACUUGGAGAAAGGAGAUGAAGAUUGGAAUGAAUUUAAUGACAUUAACAAGCUUAUAAUCAGGGCACCCCUGAGGACAGAGUACAGGAUUGCUUUCCCUCACCUGUAUAACAAUAGACCCCGAAAGGUGAAGCUUGGAGUUUAUCAUACUCCUAUGGUAAUGUACAUUAAGACGGACGAUCCUGACCUUGAUGCCUUUCAUUAUGAUCCUCUGAUUAACCCUAUACCCAGUUCUACCAACAGUAAGGACAGACAGGAGAAGAAACAAUCCGAAGAGUAUGUUGAUGACUUUGAGUUCUGUUUGCCUGAAGGGGUUGAACCCUUACUCGAAAGUACUCCUCUCCAUAGUAAAACCACUGCCGCUGGUAUUUCGCUUCUUUUUGCUCCGAGGCCUUUUAACACGAGAUCUGGUCGCAUGCGGCGUGCUGAAGAUAUACCUCUGGUAUCUGAGUGGUACAAGGAACACUGUCCUUCAUCUUAUCCUGUUAAAGUUCGGGUGAGUUAUCAGAAGCUGUUGAAGUGUUACAUAAUGAAUGAGCUGCAUCGCAGGCCACCCAAGUCUCAGAAAAAGAAACACCUUUUAGGGUCUCUUGCAGCCACAAAAUUCUUUCAGUCUACUGAACUUGAUUGGGUUGAAGCUGGUCUUCAAGUAUGUAAACAAGGGCACAAUAUGUUGAAUUUGCUGAUUCACAGGAAGAACUUGAAUUAUCUGCAUCUUGAUUACAAUUUCAACUUGAAGCCAGUGAAGACUCUCACUACCAAGGAGCGGAAGAAGUCCCGUUUUGGCAAUGCUUUUCAUCUGUGUCGUGAAACACUACGGCUGACGAAGCUUGUGGUUGAUGCCAACAUCCAGUUCCGCUUGGGAAAUAUUGAUGCAUUUCAGUUGGCCGAUGGAUUGCAAUAUAUUUUUUCACACGUUGGGCAGCUGACUGGGAUGUACAGAUACAAAUACAGGCUUAUGCGGCAGAUAAGAAUGUGCAAGGACUUGAAGCACUUGAUUUACUACCGAUUUAAUACUGGGCCUGUUGGGAAAGGACCUGGGUGUGGUUUCUGGGCUCCCAUGUGGAGAGUGUGGUUGUUCUUCCUUCGCGGGAUUGUUCCUCUUCUUGAAAGAUGGUUGGGGAAUUUAAUGGCUAGACAGUUUGAAGGAAGGCUUUCCAAAGGGGUUCCUAAAACUGUAAUGAAGCAACGGGUUGAAAGCCACUUCGAUUUGGAGCUUCGUGCUGCUGUAAUGCAUGAUGUUCUCGAUGCUAUGCCAGAGGGUAUGAAGCAAAACAAGGCCAAAACGAUCCUGCAACACUUGAGUGAAGCAUGGCGUUGCUGGAAAGCAAAUGUCCCGUGGAAAGUCCCUGGUUUGCCAGUUCCUAUUGAGAACAUGAUUCUUCGGUAUGUCAAGUCAAAAGCUGAUUGGUGGACGAAUGUGGCUCACUACAAUCGUGAACGUAUUCGAAGAGGUGCAACUGUGGACAAAACAGUUUGUCGGAAGAACCUUGGAAGAUUGACUCGGCUUUGGAUGAAAGCCGAGCAAGAACGCCAGCUUAAUUAUCACAAAGAUGGUCCUUAUGUGUCCCCUGAAGAAGCUGUGGCCAUUUAUACUAAGCACUGGUUGGAAUCAAGAAAAUUCAGGCAUAUUCCAUUUCCACCUUUAUCAUACAAGCAUGAUACAAAACUUCUCAUCCUUGCCCUUGAAAGGUUGAAGGAGUCUUAUAGUGUGUCUGUGAGGCUAAAUCAGAGAGAAAGAGAAGAGUUGGGUCUUAUUGAACAGGCUUAUGAUAACCCACAUGAGGCUCUCACACGUAUUAAGCGUCAUCUUCUCACUGAACGCCACUUCAAAGACGUUGAUAUUGAGUUCAUGGAUCUGUACAGCAAUUUAGUACCUGUUUAUGCGAUUGAACCCCUCGAGAAGAUCACGGAGGCCUAUCUAGAUCAGUAUCUUUGGUUCGAAGCAGACAAGCGCCAUCUGUUUCCAAAUUGGAUAAAGCCGGCAGAUUCAGAGCCACCUCCUUUACUUGUCUACAAAUGGUGUCAGGGCAUAAAUAACUUGCAAGGUAUAUGGGACACAAGUGAAGGACAGUGUGUUGGUGAUGCUUCAGACAAAACUGGAGAGAUUUUUUGA